UAUGCAGAUUACGCGUGACGGAUUUUUGAUUCCUUUAUUAGUCUCAGUUGGUACGCUCCCAAGUUUAACUGUUAUGAUGAGUUAACCAUAACUGUUUAGGUAACCUAAUGGCAUCUGCUAGCAGGCCGUUCCAUUUCUGGUACAGAUUUUGGGGGAUUUUAGUGAAUUUGUAAGGCGAAGAGGCUCUCGAGUGAACAGAAACUGCCCUGGUACACCCUAUAAACGGAAGAAACAAGCUCUUCUUCUGCACGCGUGCUUCAAACAGAAUGACAUGUGGAUACUUCUUUCUCCUUUUUGCUUCUGUUCUCUCGGUCAACACAGCAGCCAUACAAGAUCUGAUAUGCUCACCGGGACACAACUUCAUAACCGCCACUGCUCGCUUUACAAACACAACGUUCGAUGAAAUAAUCCAGCCCAACUACACAGACGGUCACGAUUCCAUGAAGUGUGUAUGGACUGUAAAGGCGGCCGAACCUUCACAGAGAAUCAAAAUCGCUAUAAAGACACUAUCAUUAAGUGACCUGCGAGACCGGUUAUACAUCUAUGACGGAGAUAACAUGACUGAGAACUCUCGGGUUGGUUUUUACGGCCCGUGUGCUAAAGGUACCUUGAUUACAUACUCAACGGGUACCUCGAUGACUAUCGUACUGGUAUCCAAUAGCAACGCUGGGAGAGGAAAACUGAGAAUACUAUUCAAGGCUUUACCUCGAGACUGGAUCACGUGUGAAGCCAAGGACCCUUUAUCAGAUACUUGUACCUACAGAACCAUUAUCAAUAAGCGAUCCGGACACUUGAUAAGCCCUGGCUUUCCUUCUAAUUUUUCUGAUGAUAAAAUUUGCCUGUGGAAUUUCGAAGUACCGAGCAAUCAUCGCAUGCAAGUCACCUUCGAAUGGAUGGGAAUCUAUAAAGGAAAGGGGCGACGACUUUGUGAGUUAGAUAAUAUGAUUAAACUAAGUGAUACAGGGGACAAGAGGCAGGAUUACUGUGGCUGUGAAGAACUUCCAGAGAUAGAUUCUACUCGCACCAUUUGGUUAAAGCUAUUAGCUACUCCCGAUAAAUACUGGUCUGGUUUCUUGCUUACCUACCGGACAGUUUCGUUAGAUGAUUGUCCCAUUGGACAGACAAGAUGUUUAGAGAGUCAUGUCACGCACGGCUUCAACAAGAUGGGUCAACUCUGUUCUGACAUUGAUAUUGUACCAACAACACCUCGUCCUACGACGAUCAGCACUGCGCCUCCAACAACGACUAAACCUCCAACGAACAAGAUGGAGAAUUCGCUGGGACAGGUCGAAGAGGAAAACUCGACGAACUCAAGUACGAGAAGUUACGUACAGGGGAUCCAAGCCUCAAAUAAUGGAAACGGAAGAUCAGAAGAUCAGAAGUUCACCGUUCAGUGCAAUAAAGACAACAUGUUAGUCACCGUGGACCUCGCGCGCUUCGAAGCCAAGGAUGCUCUGGUCCCUGACUCACUACGACUUGAAGACUCGUCUUGUAAACCCGUCUUCAUCAACGAGACACUUGCUGUGUUUAGAGCGCCACUAGAUGGGUGUGGCACGUACCACAACUCGACCAAGGAAAACAUCUUUUACUGGAAUACGAUCCAUGGUCAUACCGAAGAGACGGGCCAUCGUUUGAUCACACGAAGGUACAGCGUACGCUUGGGGUUCGACUGCCGCUACGCUAAAAGAAGAACUCUCUCCGUGGUGAGUUUUUCUCCGAGAAUGAAGGUUUUCUACUCGGCUGCAGAUGGACGCGGCAAUUUUACGUUCCUGAUGGAUAUGUACAAAACCAACCAGUAUAAAGAACCGUUCAAUCAAUAUCCCGUGUCCGUGGCCCUUAGCCAGCGGUUAUUCCUUCAAGUGGUGGUUAAAUCUAAAGUAGAACUCGUGAUAUUCCCAGACACGUGUAUGGCCACACCCACUAGUGACAUCAAUAACGAGCAGCAGUAUAAAUUCAUAGAGAAAGGGUGUUCACGUGAUAACACAUUAAUAUUCGACUACCAGCUGGCCCCAGUCCAGCAAUUCAGCAUCGCGGCCUUCCGCUUCGUCAACAACACACAAAAUGAAGUGUACAUCCAUUGCAUGGUGAAAGUCUGUAUGAAGUCUGACAAUGACUCUGUGUGCGCUGAUGGAUGCACUGAGCGACAAAACAGCAGCGCCAGCGGAUCGAGAAAGCGGAGAUCAUCAUCGGAGUAUGCGCAGUCCAAAGACCUCGAGUUUUUAACCUUAGGUCCUCUGCUAGUCGAGAAGCAAAAGCCGGAAAUCGAGGAAACAAAGAGAGCUGUAAUACCAAGUGCUCUAAUGAUAGGCAUUGUAGCUGGGGUGUUAGGGUUGUGCGUCGUGGUACUUACCGUCGCUAUAGUAGUCGUACUGAUCAAGAAAACACAGCGAUUAAAGACUGCAGUGUACUACCAAACUAAAUCUCCCAGUAAGUAAUAAUAAUCUAGAUAACCAACUUCAUAUAGACUGGAUGUAGGUUAGUAUCAAAAUGGCUCGCCCUAUAAAA